AUGAAUGAUGAUGAUAUUUUAAAAUUGGCUUCAGAAACGAUUGGACAAGAUUUAAAUACAAAAUGGUUAGUGAAAAGACGGUACAGGAUUACAGCUAGUAAUUUUGGUCCUGUUUUAAGUGCUAUAAACCGUAAUAAAUAUAAUCCAUCACUGUUCAAAAAAUUAAUAGGUACAUAUAAAUUAGAUGGAAUUAAAUCUAUACAGUGGGGUAAAGAAAAUGAAAAACAAGGUAUUCUUGAAUUUGAACAGAUCACAAAUCAAAAAGUCACACCUACAGGAUUAUGGCUUCAUAAGACAGGUAUUAUAGGAGCAUCACCAGAUGGUUUGGUUGGACUUGAUUCGAUAAUUGAAGUAAAGUGCCCAUACAAAUAUCGAAAUGAACUGAUUAAAACAGGUUUACAAAAUGAUAGUUCUUAUAUAAUAUUUUAUGAUAUAAAUGGUAGGAUAUGCAUUAAUUAUGAACAUGACUACUAUGCUCAAAUCCAAGGUCAACUUCAUAUACUUAACAGAUCAAUUUGUUACCUUACUAUUUGGACAAUUAAGGAUUUAGUAGUUUUGGAAAUACAUAAAGAUCCAGGUUGGACAGAAAAUAUUAACAAAUUAGUAUCAUUUUAUUUCCAGCAAUUUAUUCCAUUUUUAAAUAAUAAAAAUGUUUCCAUGUAA